AUGGACAUACCACCCUUUGACAUGUGGAGGGACUACUUUAACCUGAGCCAGGUGAUACUGACUAUAAUCAAAGACAGGAGGCAAAGACAGAAGGAUGAAGGGGCCUCCGGGCUCCAGGAGAAGAGGGAGCAGGAGCUGGGGGUCUCCGGGAGCCUUCCUGCCCUAUGCAACUUCUGCAAGCACAACGGAGAGUCUCGUCAUGUCUAUGCCUCACACCAGCUGAAGACACCUGAAGGCGUGGUGGUGUGUCCCAUCCUGAGGCAUUAUGUGUGCCCUCUGUGCGGGGCCACCGGGGACCAUGCUCACACACUCAAGUACUGUCCACUCAACAGCAACCAGCAGUCUCUCUACCGUCGUGGUGGACGAAACUCGGCUGGACGCAAAGUCAAGCGAUAA